AUUCCGAUUUUUGGCUCUCUCUAACGUAAAACCCGGAACUAUAAUAUCCCAAACUUUCCCUUCCUGAACAACUUUUUUUUUGUUUGGAUUUGGACCUUGCUGUUCGCCGCCGGUGGACGGCGGCGAUUUUACCGGGCGAGGGUUUGUUUCGGGUUUUUAAUUGCAUUUUGAUUCUGUUGUUUGUUUGGAGAUUUUGGCAGAGAAUCAAAGUGGAGUGGAGUGAGGGAAUGUUUUGUUCGUCAGUGUAACAGCAGAAAUUUAGCACGAAGAUGCUCUGAUUGGCGAUAUUUUAGGGAUUUUGAUUGCUGUUGCUGUUGGUUGCCAUUGCAGCGAGGGAUUGAUAAAAGCGAGGAUUGCUUGAAACGGAAAUUUUUGAGAGAGAAGGAGUUGGAAUUCGUUUUUUGGAGGUGGAGAUUUUCUUGGCGACCUAACAUUGCGGUUGAUUUCAGUUUGAUUUUGGUGGAUAAGCUUCUAAGGAGCCUUCGAGCGAGAGUAAGAAAGCAAAGUUGAACCAAAAUGUUUACAUGCAUAGCAUGUACGAAACAGACAGACGACGGGGGUGAGGAUGGGGCUGCGCGUGGGAGUGGCACGCCUAGUACAAAGGAAGCCGUCAAAAGCCUGACAACGCAGAUCAAGGACAUGGCGUUGAAAUUCUCUGGUGCUUAUAGGCAGUGCAAACCCUGUACAGGCUCCAGUAGCUAUAAGAAAGGACAGAGACCUUACCCAGAUUUUGACACUGCUUCAGAAGGGGUUCCAUACCCCUACAUAGGAGGGGCAAGUGCAAGUUCAACACCUGCCUGGGACUUCCCUCCUGUCAAUCGCCACCCACAUACGAGAUCUGACUCGAGAUUUAAAGGGGUGUUCAGAGGAGACCAGACCCCUGGAGCCGAUUCCACCAUAUCAGCAUGUGAUGUGGUGCUUGAGGAUGAGGAUGAGCCGAAAGAGUGGAUGGCACAGGUGGAGCCUGGUGUUCACAUUACUUUUGUGUCCCUACCCAAUGGAGGCAAUGAUUUAAAACGAAUUCGUUUCGAUCGAGAAAUGUUUAACAAAUGGCAAGCUCAGCGAUGGUGGGGCGAAAACUAUGACAGAAUAACGGAGCUCUAUAAUGUCCAGAGAUUCAACCAACAAGCUCUUCAUACGCCACCAAGAACUGAGGAUGAGAGGGAUUCUUCCUACUCAAAGAUGGAAAGGGAUAGCCCAAUGACUGCAGCGAACAAAGAUUGGGCACUGAAAAACCACAAACCUUCAGGAAGUAAAGGUUAUUUCCCAUCUGACCAGCAUUUUGAUCAUGGAAGCAGCCACCACUAUGCAGGGUCAAGUGCCUAUCCAACCGGGGGCGCCAAAGGCGACAUGUCAUCUAUGGAAGCCUCACGCACAACUACCUCUUCUAGAGACGAACCUUCAAUUUCCGUUAGCAAUGCAAGCGACAUCGAGGCCGAAUGGGUCGAGGAAGACGAACCAGGAGUCUACAUAACAAUCAGGCAGCUUGUUGAUGGCUCUAGAGAGCUUCGUCGUGUCAGAUUCAGCCGUGAAAGGUUCGGGGAGGUGAACGCAAAGCAAUGGUGGGAACAGAACAGGGAGAGAAUCCAAGCUCAAUACCUAUAAUAACUUAUUGAUGAUGGCAGCAACAGGUUUAAAAUUAAGAAAGUUUCAGGAGCACCUUCAUGUUCCAAAAUUUUUGUCUUUAGAAUGUAAUAUUCACAAAAGGCCAUCAGCUGGGAUAUAUGGAGAUUUUUGCACCACCAAAUAGAUACAAAACCAAAUUUCUCAUCUUUCCAAUCAGAAUUCUAAAAGUCAAAUUCUUUUAUUUUCAUCCA